AUGUUACCAUCACUGGCGGCUAAGAUGCUCGCCACUCGAGAACAACCCUAUGGAGUCCGACCCAUUACUGCAUCCUGGCCGAUCGCGGACAUAAUUUACGUCGCCUUUGUCGCGCCAGUCAUGCUCAUGGCGCUACUCGAGUGGUGGCUACUUUUGCUUGGCUUUCUGUACUGCUUCUGGAAAGUCUACUGGAAGGCCGACGAGAACAAAUGGACAGUACGGAUCAUGGCGAUAGUGCAAGCGACUUGGCUCAUAUGCAUUCGGCUCAUCUUCCUUGCUGUCAUGAUGGUGACGCUACCACUUCCUCCACAGGUAGUGCAGUACUUUCCACCAAGGAUGGUUUCAAUCUUGCAAUGGUUCGCCUUCUACACCUUCGCAGGGUUGUUGGUUGGUCCUUGGCUUCUUUGCGUCUUCCACCUGACUACACAUUACGUUGGCAGGAAGAAGCGGACUCGAGCUGUGCUCGAUGCAUAUGCAGCACCAAAGGUCGUGAUCGUCCUGCCUUGCUUCAACGAAAAGCCCGAGGUCCUGCUCAGAACAGUCAACUCGAUAGCGGAUGCCGAGUACCCACCAUCAUGCAUGCACAUUUUCUUAUCCUUCGAUGGCGAACAAGAAGAUGAGCUCUUUCUCAGCACGAUCGAGAAGCUCGGCGUACCCAUCACACUCGAUGUCUAUCCCAGGAGUAUCGAUAUCGCUUACAGAGGACUACGAGUGACUGUGUCGCGAUUCAAGUGGGGUGGCAAGCGUCACUGCCAGAAAAAGACCUUCAAUCUCAUCGACAAAGUGUACGAGGAGUACCUACGGAAGCACGACAAUCUGUUCAUGCUAUUCAUCGACUCCGACUGUAUACUCGACAAGGCCUGCAUAGCAAAUUUCAUGUAUGACAUGGAGCUGAAGCCGGGAGGCAACCGCGACAUGCUCGCAAUGACAGGAGUCAUAACCGCUACUGGAGAGAUAAGCUGGAAGGAUCUCACGAAGUCAUGCUUGACGAUACUGCAGGACAUGGAGUAUGUUCACGGACAGCUCUAUGAGCGAUCGGUUGAGACUGCUUGCGGCGCCGUCACAUGCUUGCCAGGGGCGUUGACGAUGUUACGCGUCUCAGCUUUCCGGCAGCUGGCGAAAUUCUACUUCGCAGACAAAGCUGACCAGUGCGACGAUAUGUUCGACUAUGCAAAGGGCUCUCUUGGUGAAGACAGAUACCUGACGCAUCUGUUCAUGGUCGCGGCAGAGAAAGGCUACCAGCUUGGUAUGUGCACAAGCGCAUUUUGCAAAACUGAUGCGGUGGAGACAUACAAAAGCCUGCUGAGCCAAAGAAGGCGAUGGUUCCUGGGCUUCAUCACCAACGAGGUCUGCAUGUUGACCGACACACGGCUGUGGCGGCGAUACCCAGUCCUUUUGAUCAUUCGCCUUGCGCAAAGCACUAUCCGAACGACAGCGCUGCUGUUCUUCAUCAUGGUCAUCUCUUUGAUCACGACAUCGCAGAAAGUUGCCAACCUACCCUUUGGUUUCAUUGCUGUAUCUCUGGGACUGAACUGGCUACUCAUGUUCUUCUUUGCAGCUCGACUGGGCAGGUUGAAGAUGCUGCUCUACCCGGUCAUGUUCGUGGUCAACCCUUUCGCCAACUGGGUGUACAUGGUCUAUGGAUGCCUCACAUGCGCAAGAAGGACCUGGGGAGGGCCCAGAGUGGACGCCAUCAAGGCCGACGAAAAGAUCACACCUGAACAAGCCGUGGCUGAGGCCAAAGGCAAAGGUGAUGAGCUCAACAUCGUGCCAGAGACGUUCAAAGAUGUUGCACCGCUUGGCAGGAAGAAGUCCGUCCGCACAGCACCACUAUUACCUUCGAGUAAACUGGAAGGACGAUUCGCAUUGCCUGAACAGACCAACGGCGGCUAUUAUGCUCAGAGGAACGACUCAAUCGAACUACAUCCGGAUCAGACUUCGAUCCUGGACGACGAGCAGGUCUAUUAUCAUCAAGGCCCACGAAGAGGCAGCAUGGCAGCAUCCUCAUAUUUCGGCUCCCACGAGUCCUUUGCUAUGCCGCGAAGAGUCGAGAGUGUGUGGGAUCUCCAGAACAUCUUGCAGUACCAUGCACAGCAGAGGGAGCAGGCCCCAGCAGGAGGCGCAUACUUCGAGGCACCACAAGAUCAUGUAGGGCAAGACGUACCUCUGCCAGAUUAUCGCAACCCUCGACCAGAGUUGAGUCACCGUCCCGCAGACGUGCACCGCGAGCCAGAGGGGAAAGUGCCUCAGUUCAGCAAUGGUCCGCUCCCACAGCGUAGAGAUAGAUCAGUGGACUCUGCACGAUCAGCGGAGUCGGAUGAGUCGGUUCCCAUGCACUUCAGCGUACCACGACGUGGCUCGUCAGAGUUCCCUCGUCGACCACAAUCACCACCUCAAUUCGCUCCACGUGUACACAUGCCCUCGCGCCCCACAGACAUCGCGAGUGGUGACACAUUGACCGUACCAAGCGCCUCAUAUCACCCCUCAACACGCUUCACGCCCGCCGGAGAGACCAGCGCGGCUCGAACAGGCAGGAGCCCAUUGGCUAGAAAGAGCUUCACACGGCUAGCAACCGACGAUGCCCCUUCGACCGCCGGCACACGCACGGAAGUCGAGGUCAGACAGCCGACGAGACCAUCCACAGAUGAGGAGAGGAGAGGUCGAAGACGGCGGAGGACGUCGGUAGGAGCGGAUGGGAGGCGUCGGCUGAGUAAGGCUCAUCGAUCGAGUCGAUCCUCUAGCAGAGCUUGA